GUGAUCACAGCCAUACUUUGUAUUCAGGCUGUCCGUGAGUAGCAGCUUGUUCUUUAAGCCCAUAGACUGUAUAAAAAUAAGCCAUGCCCAUGGACUCUGAAAAAGAAUGCGAAAUGACAUCGACGAAACGACGGGAACGCCAAGCAGGCUUGGAGACGGUAGGCAGCGACAUAGGCCUGUGUGGAUGGCUCCUGGUCUUAUUCUCCAUCCUCCUGACACUGGUCACCCUGCCUGUGUCCAUAUGGAUGUGCAUAAAGAUUGUGAAGGAGUAUGAGCGAGCCAUCAUCUUUCGCCUGGGACGUAUCCUGCGUGGGGGGGCCAAAGGACCAGGUCUGUUCUUCAUCUUGCCCUGCACUGACAGCUUCAUCAACGUGGACAUGCGCACCAUCACCUUUGACAUCCCUCCGCAGGAGGUUCUGACUAAGGACUCUGUGACAGUGAGUGUGGAUGGGGUGGUGUACUACCGUGUACAGAACGCCACCCUGGCGGUCGCUAACAUCACCAACGCCGAUGCGGCCACCCGCCUCCUGGCCCAGACCACCCUGCGGAACGUGCUGGGCACCAAGAACCUGUCGGAAAUCCUGUCUGACCGCGAGGAGAUAGCCCACAGCAUGCAGGCUACGCUGGACGAUGCCACCGAUGACUGGGGAAUCAAGGUGCAGCGGGUGGAGAUCAAGGACGUGAAGCUUCCCCAGCAGCUCCAGAGGGCCAUGGCGGCCGAGGCCGAGGCCUCCCGUGAAGCCCGGGCCAAGGUGAUUGCAGCGGAGGGGGAGAUGAACGCCUCGCGGGCGCUGAAGGAGGCGUCCAUGGUGAUCGCAGAGGCGCCCUCCGCCCUGCAGCUACGCUACCUGCAGACCCUCAACACCAUCGCGGCGGAAAAGAACUCCACCAUCAUCUUCCCUCUGCCCAUCGACAUGCUCCAGGGCUUUCUUAAGCGCUGAGGCCCCACCCGACAGGAACCUUCGCCGACUUUCCCCACCCGGCAUUAGCAUUGUGUUUCCAAAAUGAGGUGGGCUUUGUCGAAUCUCGUCAGCUUCUGCUUUCUCUCCUCACGAAAGGAAAUGGCUAUUCGUGCAGCCCAGCUAAUCUUUACAGUGGUUUCAGAUAUGGCGUUAGGUUAGUGCUACUUUAAAGGGCUUUUUUUGAAUGCUGGAAGUUCUUGCUGGUGUGUGGUCUUCAGAACCACAGUUGGGCAAAAGGUAUAGUCUCUUGCAUUUUGUGAAAAGGGUUAAUGCUGAAACUGAAAAAAGGUUACACUCGCAAUUUGUAUGAAUGUUUUAAACUCCCAAUCUUUUACACACCAUUACUGUACUGUCUACAUGUACAUGAAUUCAUAUUUCAUAUUUCAGCUCAGGAUGAAAUGCCCUCAGUGAGUAGUUUAUUAUGUAUUUAUUAGACUUUUUAGACUUAUUGGUCUUCCGGUUUUGACACGUUUUGUGUGUUCAGAGAUGCUCUUCUGCAUAGCACUGUUGUAAUAUGUUUGGUUAUUUGCAGAGAAGGUUACUAACACCUUCUCUGCACCUGCAGAACUGCUACUAACUAGAUGUUUUUGUUUUUCGCAUUGUUCUCUGCAAACUCUUGAGACUGUUGUGUGAAAAUCACAGGAGAUCAGCAGUUUCUGAGAAACUACCUUGUCUGGCACCAACAAUCAUUCCAUGGUCAAAUUCACAGUCCGAUCACAUUUCUUCUCUGAACAACAGCUGAACUUCUUGACCAUGUCUGCAUGCUUUUAUGUAUUUAGUUGCUGGCACAUGAUUGACUGAUUAAAUAUUUGCAUUAACAAGCUGGUGUAUAGGUCUACCUAAUAAAUUGCUCACUGAGUGUGUAGUCUAACAAAAAAAAAUUGUUUGAGGUUUAAGUAAGUGCAUUUUACUAGACAGCAGAUCAAUAUACAAAUAUUAUUAUUACAUUUAUACAAAAGAUAACACACAGAUGUUUUAUUUAUUUUUACUAAUAAUAAUCUUAUACCAAGACUUUCCUCAAAAUAACCUGCAUUGGCAUUAAUUAUUGGAAGUGUACAUAUAUACACUACCAUUCCAAAGUUUGGGGUCACCGUGUCUUUUUCUGCUUUUUCUGAUUUAAUAUUUUAUUUGUAUGUUUUGUAUUUGGCUGCAUAUUCCUUUGCAUGCCAUGACUUCCUGAUGUCUGUGACCUAUCAACAACAUCAGAUUCUGGAUAUCUUAUUUUCAGGUUGUCCUACAAGUGAUACUAAAACUCUUUGCAUUGGGAAUUGGGGGGUGGGACUAGAGUAAGCUGUACAGUAUGCUGAUACAGUAUGGAACACACCAAAUACAAAAUAUGACUUUUUAUUUUACAUUAUUAUCAUUUGGGCGGCAUGGAUGGUGCAGUGGGUAGCACUGCCACCUCACAGCAAGGAGGUCCUGGGUUCGAAUCCCCGUCGGCCGGGGCCUCUCUGCGGAGUUUGCAUGUUCUCCCCGUGUCUGCGUGGGUUUCCUCCGGGUACUCCGGUUUCCUCCCACAGUCCAAAGACAUGCACGUUAGGCUGAUUGGAGAGUCUAAAUUGCCCGUAGGUAUGAGUGUGUGAGUGAAUGGUGUGUGUGCCCUGCGAUAGACUGGCGACCUGUCCAGGGUGUAUUCCUGCCUUUCGCCCAAUGUAUGCUGGGAUAGGCUCCAGCCCCCCUGCGACCCUGAUCAGGAUAAGCGGGUUCAGAUAAUGGAUGGAUGGAUGGAUUAUUAUCAUUUGUCUCAAACAUUGAAAUGGGGAACUACGUAUAAAAAGUGCUGUAAUUACUACAUGGUGUAGUGUAUAAAAAUGCCCUUAAAUAAAAGUUCUGAGUCUGCG